UAAACCGGUCCAAACGCGUACAGCUUGGGGGGUUGCUUUAUUUCUGAAAACUCGGGUUUAGCCGGAGGUGAUAUAUAAAUUCGCAGCUGGACCAUUUGCGCUGCUGGGAAUGACUUUUGGGGAGGGAUAAGAAACGCAAGAGGCCGCAGGGAAUGCGGAGAAAGUCGGCGGCCGUGUUGAUGUUGAUUGACUGUGUUUGGCUGGAUGAGUGACCGUUGAAGCCGUUAAACCGCCGUUCUCGCGCUGCUCCCGCCCGCCCCGGUUGCCAUGGGUAACCAGCUGGCCGGUAUCGCCCCCUCACAGAUCCUCUCGGUCGACAGUUACUUCUCCGACAUCCAUGAGUUCGAGUAUGACAAGAGCCUGGGCAGCACCCGCUUCUUCAAGGUGGCCCGGGCCAAGCACCGCGAGGGCCUGGUGGUGGUCAAGGUGUUCGCCGUGCAGGACCCCUCGCUGCCGCUCACCGCCUACAAGCAGGAGUUGGAGGAGCUGCGGCAGCGGCUGCUGGGCGCCCCCAACUGCGUGCCCUUCCAGCGGGCCAGCUUCAGCGAGCGGGCCGCCCUGCUCUUCCGCCAGUACGCCCGCGACAACCUCUACGACCGCAUCAGCACCCGGCCCUUCCUCGGCAACACCGAGAAGCGCUGGGUGGCCUUCCAGCUCCUCAACGCCCUCGAGCAGGCCCACCGGGCCGGCGUCCGCCACGGCGACAUCAAGACCGAGAACGUCAUGGUGACCAGCUGGAACUGGGUGCUACUCACCGACUUCGCCAGCUUCAAGCCCACCUACCUGCCCGAGGACAACCCGGCCGACUUCAAUUACUUCUUCGACACCUCCAGGAGGAGGACCUGUUACAUUGCCCCCGAGCGCUUUGUGGACGGGACGAUGUUCAGCACCGAGCUGGAGGCGGCCAGAGACCCAACCACCCCGCUGGUGGAUCUGACUCACAACAACCAGAGGACGAGGGGAGAGCUGAAACCAGCCAUGGACAUCUUCUCUGCAGGGUGUGUUAUUGCAGAGCUGUUCACAGAGGGAGUGCCUAUGUUUGAUCUAUCCCAAUUACUGGCUUACAGAAAUGGACAUUUCUCCCAUGAGCAGGUGCUGAACAAGAUUGAGGACUUAAACAUAAGAGGCCUGGUCAGUCAGAUGAUUCAGCGUGACCCAGAUGCACGUUUAGCAGCAGAAGAAUAUCUUAAACAACAGAGGGGAAGAGCUUUCCCAGAACUGUUUUAUACUUUUCUGCAGCCAUACAUGGCACAGUUUGCAAAAGAGACUUUCCAGUCUGCUGAUGAACGCAUCCUGGUUAUACGGAAAGAUCUAGAAAAUAUUCUGCAAAAUGUUUGUGGAGAGGACCAGACUGAGAAAAAUGAUGGAGAAACCAAAGAGCAUGGUUUGGUUAUUUUAGUGUCGGUUAUCACUUCUUGCUUGCAGACACUCAAGUACUGUGAUUCUAAACUAGCAGCUUUGGAACUGAUUCUCCAUUUGGCACCCAGACUAAGUGGCGAGAUUCUGCUUGAUCGUAUAACACCUUAUCUCUUGCAUUUUGCCAAUGACCUCAUACCUAGGGUACGAGCUGAAGCAGUCAGGACACUGACAAAAGUCUUGGCUCUUGUCAAAGAGGUACCGCGCAAUGAUGUCAAUAUUUACCCUGAAUACAUUUUACCAGGUAUUGCCCACUUAGCUCAGGAUGAAGCAACUCUUGUCAGAUUGGCAUAUGCAGAAAACAUAGCACUUUUGGCUGAGACUGCCCUCCGUUUUUUAGAAAUAGUCCAAUUAAAUAAUUUGAAUGUGGAAAGUGAGUUAAAUGGUGAAGAAAUAGAGGAAAUGCUACACCCCAAUGAAAACUAUGACUCGGAAUUGCAAGCUCUCCAUGAGAUGGUUCAGCAAAAAGUGGUGACGCUGUUGAGUGACCCAGAAAAUAUAGUGAAACAGACUUUAAUGGAGAAUGGUAUAACUCGGCUUUGUGUGUUCUUUGGACGUCAAAAAGCUAAUGAUGUUCUCCUGUCGCACAUGAUCACCUUUUUGAAUGAUAAAAAUGAUUGGCACCUUCGAGGUGCUUUCUUUGAUAGUAUUGUUGGUGUGGCAGCUUAUGUUGGAUGGCAGAGCUCAUCAAUCCUUAAACCUCUUCUUCAACAAGGACUCAGUGAUGCCGAGGAGUUUGUGAUUUAUAAAGCCCUCAAUGCCCUGACCUGCAUGUGUCAGUUGGGACUUCUGCAAAAACCUCACAUCUAUGAGUUUGCCAGUGACAUUGCACCUUUUUUGUGCCACCCAAAUCUCUGGAUACGUUAUGGAGCUGUAGGGUUCAUAACAGUGGUAGCACAGCACCUGAAUAUUGCUGAUGUCUACUGUAAAUUGAUGCCAUAUCUCAGCCCAUUCAUCUCCCAACCAAUAAUACAGAUAGACAAGGAAAUUGUGUUGUUGAGUGUUCUCAAGGAGCCUGUCAACCGUUCCAUAUUUGAUUACGUGUUACGAUCAAAGGACAUAUUGAACUUGUACAAGCACUUGAACUCACGCCAGAAAAUACGCAAUGGACUCCUGCUGGAAUGUCCACUUCCAGAGGAUCCAACUAUUGCACAGCUGUUAAAGAAACUACUUUCUCAGGGGAUGACUGAAGCAGAUGAAGACAAGCUAUUAGCUCUGAAGGAUUUCAUGCUAAAGUCAAACAAGGCCAAAGCCAAUGUGGUGGACCAAAGCCACAUGAAUGACAGCAGUCAGAGUGGUGUGUUUGACCUGGCUGCUCUAGGAAUUCCUGGAAGACACAUUGACCUUGUCAAGACAAAACAAGAAAAUGAUGAUAAACGAGCAAGAAGACAUGUGAAACAGGACUCAAAUUUGAACGAAGAAUGGAAGAGCAUGUUUGGCUCUCUUGAACCUUCAAACAUUGUUCAAACUAAAGUCCUUGCAGCCCCUGGGGACCAGGAAAAUGCCACUGGGAAGAGUCUCCGAUCAGAGUCUUCACCAGGGAUGAUGAUCACCACUAAUCCAGCUUUGCAACAGGUGUCUGAAGGGUCAGGAGUCCUAACGAAGAAGACAACUUCUUCCUUAUCAGUUCUGCAAAGUGGAAAUGUUCCAAUAUUGCCUUCUGCAUACCAGCGACGCAUUACUACAUGUGCCACUGAGCUCCAGCACCUUAUUCAACAGAAGCGAGAGCAGUGCAAUGCUGAACGAAUGGCAAAACAGUUGAUGGAAAGUGCUGAAUGGGAAAGCAAACCUCCACCACCAGGCUGGCAUCCCAAAGGGCUUCUAGUUGCACAUCUUCACGAACAUAAGUCAGCAGUGAACCGGAUUCGUGUCUCUGAUGAACAUUCAAUUUUUGCUACCUGCUCAAAUGAUGGAACUGUGAAGAUUUGGGAUAGCCAGAAGAUGGAGGGAAAGACCACAACCACCAGGUCAAUCUUGACUUAUUCUCGGAUUGGAGGAAAAAUCAAAUCUUUGGCCUUCUGCCAGGGCUCCCAUUAUCUUGCUGUAGCUUCAGACAAUGGUACUAUCCAGCUGCUAGGAAUUGAGGCCAGCAAACCCCCGAAAUCACCUAAAAUACAUUCUCUUCAGAGCAGAGCUUUGGACCAGAAAGAAGAUGGCUGUGUGGUGGACAUUCAUCAUUUUAAUGCAGGUGCACAGUCUGUUUUAGCAUACGCGACUGUAAACGGUUCUUUAGUUGGUUGGGACCUGAGAUCAUCAACAAAUGCCUGGACAUUAAAGCAUGAUUUGAGACUUGGACUGGCAACUUCCUUUGCUGUAGAUAUACAUCAAUGCUGGUUAUGUAUAGGUACAAGUAAUGGUACUAUGGCUUGUUGGGAUAUGAGAUUUCAGCUGCCCAUUUCAAGUCAUUGUCACCCAGCCAGAGCUCGCAUUCGACGUCUGCUUAUGCACCCCCUCUGCCAGUCAUGGGUCAUUGCAGCUGUCCAAGGAAACAAUGAAGUUUCAAUGUGGGACAUGGAAACUGGAGACAGGCGAUUCACCCUUUGGGCCAGCAGUGCUCCACCUCUCUCUGAAAUGCAGCCAUCAACACAUAGUGUCCAUGGAAUCUACUGCAGCCCAGCAGAUGGAAAUCCUCUGCUACUAACUGCUGGGUCAGAUAUGAGGAUAAGGUUCUGGGAUCUAGCAUACCCGGAACGAUCAUAUAUUGUAGCAGGAGGUGCAAAUGAUGCUUUGCAUUGUCCAUCUGUCUCAUAUUACAGAAAGAUAAUUGAAGGAACUGAGGUUGUACAGGAAAUUCACAACAAGCAAAAAGCUGGAUCAUCAGAGGAUGUACCCCGAAGAGGUCCAGAAUCUCUCCCAGUUGGGCACCAUGACAUUAUCACAGAUCUUGCUGCUUUCCAAACCACCCAGGGAUUUAUUGUAACUGCUUCACGAGAUGGGAUUGUCAAAGUAUGGAAGUAGUAGUUAGAUUAUGAAAACUAAUUGAAGUACAUUGUUUUAUCCUCUACUACAGUAAUGUACUUGAUUACAGGUCGGAGAGGAUUAUAUACUGAUUUUUUUUUUAAAGUCCCUGCAAAAAAAAAAACCUUAAAGAAUGGGCUUUUAUUUUUCAUGGUAAACAAUGUCUUCACAUUUUCGGAUGCUUAAACUUUAGUACCCUAUUAACAUUGCAACUGAAGAAAAUGAGCUUGCACAAAUGUUAACCUGAGAGUGUCUUUGUGGAUUCAGUAUCUAAUGAGAGGUAUGACUGAUUGCAGAUUAUAAACCAGCGAUGUGUUUUCUUCACUCUGCAUUCAUUCUGGGUCUGUGAACUUAAUUAAUACAAAAACGUUAUAGGAAUAAUGCAGUUAAAGUAAUUCACAAUCUCAGUAGCCUAAAUAAUUCCCUUGUGAAUUAUUCCAAAGUGGUUUAGAAUUUAAAGGAUAAUAUAAAUUGGAGUAAAUUAUAUCAAUAAAUAGUUUUUUUUAGGGCCUGACUAUGGGAUUUCACUUAAUGUUUUAACCUUUAAAAAUUUCUGCAAUGAAUUCUUGCAUUUGCCCAUGUGAUGAUAUAGGAAUAUGUCCAUGCAGCAAGAAUGGUUGGAAUCAUUAAAUGUAAAUUGGUGCUUCCAAAAUCUUUUUUAGUCUCCACAGAACAUUAACAAAUACUUGGGAGUUGGGGAAGCUAGUGGAAUGAAACUGAGUCAGCUUUUACGAAUGGACUUUAACCACAAUGACACUGAGUAAAUGCACUGCAAGGGGAAUUCCUUACCCCAUGUCACUCCAGAUUGUAGAGCAUCAAAUGAGAAAAUACAAGCCUUCUCUGUGGAGAUAUGCAGUAUUUAAAUCAGUUAAACUUAAGACCUGUGGUGGUAAUCUUUAGCUGAGUACUUAGUUAGAGUUGAUUGUUUAAUAAUGCACAUUGGUUAGUUCAGAGGAUUAAAUAUAAGUUUAAUUGAAUCUGAAGAAAAAAAGCCUUUGAAAAAAGACCUUGCCCUAAGAUGCAGUUUACUAGUGUAUUUUUAAAGUCAUUGAUCUUCUUGUAAAUGCUUUUAGUUUAUCCCAUAAGAAAAUAACUGGUUUUGUUAUGGUCUUCUGAAUCACCUGAUGCCAAAUAAUCACAAUUAUGUUGUUUUUUUUAGUCUUGAGAAAGACUGAAGAUACUGACACUUCUUUCAAAUGCGAAAAGUUGUAAGUCUGCAUGGAAUCAUCAGUGAGAAAUUUCUGUUAAUAUUUAACCUGUGCUGGAAGCUGCAGAGAUGUAGCAGCCUCUUUCAGAGGACAGUUUAGUGAGCCAGUUAGAUUAUUGGACUUGAACUUCAACUUACAUUUACAUUUGUUAGCAUAUUCCUUUUUAGUAAAUAUAUGGGAAUGUUUUUUGUACUGGAAAUGCCUUUUUUUUUGCAUGAUUAUUAUUUCAGCUAUUCAUUCUUGGAACUGAAGAAAAUGCAAAUGUGAUGCAUUUAGGUCAGCUUGCUGGCAUGACGUACAAAGUUAUUCUUUGCCUUGCAAAGGAAAUACAGAAAUGUGAAUAAAUAAUUAAAAUUUAAGGUUAACAUUG